AUGAGUUCAUACAGAGAUUAGGCCUUUGGAAUCAAUUCAAGACCUUCGAAUGACCCACUCAGAUUUCCAUAAACUAUAACAGCUGAUAUAUACAACAACUUCUCAUAAAAACCAUUAGCCAAUGAAUAAUCUUCAGGAUUGCCAUUUUAAUUCGGUUCUGCUCCUGCUCGAGCUUAUGCACAAGAACUUUAAUUAUCUCCAGAUAUUCAAGUAUUAGCAAAGCAGCAAUAAAUGCAACAACAUCCUGCUGCACUUCCAGUCUAAUAAAAAGUCAUUUAGCCUUAGCCUAUAUACUAGGAAAUCCAACACUUCGAUAAACCAGUUAAGGUAGUGUCAAGGAGCGAUAUUGAAGAACCUUGGAGAAAUAAGUGUUAAUUUUUGGAGAGACAAAUUUAUGAUUUAUAACAAGAAAACAUUAGAUUGAGAUAAUCAAACAUUGCAUCUGAAAAAGUAACUUAUUUUGAAGACACUGGAAGAGUCAACUAAUUGAUGCAAGAGAUUGAUCGAUUAAAUAAGACUAUUUUAGAUUUGAAUUAGGAAAUUGAUUAAUGGAGAUAAAGAUAUUAAAGUUUGGAAGCAUAAUUAAAAACAAGAUAGAAUGUGGAGAUGGAAAUAGAAAGAAUGAGAAGAUCUGUUUAAGAUAACGAGAAUAUUAUGCAUGUUGAAAUGAAUAGAUUAAGAGAACAAUUAGAUGAGUGGCAAAAAAGAUGUCAAUCACUUGAGUCUCAGAGUCAAGAUGCCCAAACAUACUUAGCUAAAUCAAGAACUAACGAAUAAUAAAUAUUUAAUUUAUAGGCUGAUUUAAAGAAGGCUGAGAUGAGUUUAAAAUCUAAAUAAGAUGAUUUUGAGGCUUUAUAAUAAAAGUUUAACAGACUUGAAAGAGUUGUAAGAGAUAGCGAGUAUUAAUCAUAAGAGAUGGCAAAUCUAAGAAAAAUUAUUGAUGAUAGGAACAAAGAAAUUGAUAUCUUGAGAAGAUAAAGUCAUUCGUAAUUCGGAAAUAAGAGUGCCAAAGAUUUAGAAGGAAAAUUAGCUCUUUUCUAGGGAGAAUGUGAAAGAUUGAAUUAACUUUUAAAUCACAAAGAACAAGAAUUGCAGUUAUACAGAGAUUAACUCAAGAGACAAUCUCAUUAUAGUAAUAAAUAAUGA